AUGCUUCCAAUUCCGCUGCUGCUGCUGCUCAGUCCUGCUUUGGCCUGGAUUCCCGUGCAUGACUGGGAGUCCGGCAAUGUGACUGCUUCAGUCAGUGAGUCAGGUCAGUGUGUUUGUCACGUGUAUCUGCCCAAAAUCACCUUCCCUGCAGACCGGGUUGAGCAUAUGCAGCAAGUCAGCCAUGAUCUGAUCCUGGAGGUGGACAUUCAGAUGAACAAGAUGAUAAGCUAUGUGGGUACGUUGGAGGGCUACUUGAAGGAACUGUCCGACUUGACUGUGAGAGUGUCCAUGCUGGAGAGCAGUGCUGACAAAUACAUCAAACUGGACUUUGAGCUGCUCAGGAUUGAGCUCAGAGAGUUUGAAUUGCUGGUGUCUCAGCUCAAAGACUCCCUCAACUCCACCUCUCCCAUGUUUGACAGUCUGUAUAUUGAGAUCCGUAACAUGACCCUCAUUGUGAACCAAUUGGAGACGUUCGACAAGAGCAACCUGGAGGUGAUCCGCCUUGAGUUCGCUAAGCUGCAGAAGAAGCUGGAGGAUUGCCAGAAGGACCAUGAUGUAAUCAAGCCAGAUAUUGGCAACUGCAAUGGCACAGGAAUAAUGAGCAUUGGCAAGCCAAUGGUGGUCCAACUGAAUGCUCAUUUGAAUGCAGGUUAUCAAUAUGGGGGCUGGGGAAAAGACUCCAAACCUGUAAGAGGCUAUGAAUCAAUGUACUUCUACGGUGCGUACACCAGUCACUAUAUAUAUGACUUCUAUUUGUACUCCAACUAUGAAAACCUGAUUCUGAGGUCAGCAUUGAAACACCAUGACUUACCAAAUGGGUGGGAAGGUACCGGUAACAAUUACAUUGUACAUAGUAACACCAUAUAUUACCAGCACAACACUCCUUUCAGCAUGAGCAAACUGAACCUGACCACUGUCAAAUAUGACUACAGAGUGAUCCCAUCUGCUAGUGCAAGUUUCUCGUACAGUUAUUCGCCCCAUCAGAACAUGGACUUUUCAGCAGAUGAAAAUGGCUUGUGGGUAAUGUAUGCCACAGAGGCGAGCAAAGGUAAAAUUGUCAUUGCUAAAAUAGAUGAGAAAUCUUUCGGCAUUGAAAAUGAGUGGAGCACCACUGCGUACAAGCAGUUGGCUGGCAACGCUUUCAUGGCCUGUGGAGUUAUGUACGCCACCAGGUCAGUGGAUCUGACCACAGAGGAGAUCUUCUAUGCGUACGACACCAGGACCAAUGAGGAGAAACACCUCAGCAUCCACUUCUCAAAGUUCCAAGAGAAAUACACCAACCUGCAUUACAAUCCUACCGAUCAGAAGCUCUACAUGUACAACAAUGGCUACUAUGUGUCCUACAAUGUGAGGUUUGACAAAUAA